AUGAGGGCCACCCCCAACUUCUCCAAAGUGGCCCAAGUCGGUGUCCAGGCUGCACUUGCCCAUCUGGGACUGCAGCUCCGAACAAAGCUGCUGGGCAAAGUCACAGGGCACAGGGCACUCACGCUCUCCUCUCUCCUCUGUGCCACCCUCCAUCCCCUCACCCCCAGGAAGAAAACUGUCUACAAGAGUGUGUGCCUGUCCCUGGCCCUGCUCGUGGCCGUAACGGUAUUCCAGCGCAGCCUGACUCCCAGCCAGUUUCUGCAGGCGCCCCCGCCCCCCACCCUAGAGCCACAAAAGGCGCAGAAACCAAGCGGACGCCUGGUGAACCCCAACAGUUUCUGGAGGAACCCGAAGGAUGCGGUCGCCCCCACGCCCGUGGCCUCACGAGGGCCCCAGACUUGGGACGUCAACGCCACCAACUGCUCGGCCAAUAUCAACUUGACCCACCAGCCCUGGUUCCAGGGCCUGGAGCCGCACUUCCGGCAGUUCCUGUCCUAUCGCCACUGCCGGUACUUCCCCAUGCUGCUGAACCACCCGGAGAAGUGCCACGGGGACGUCUACCUGCUGGUGGUGGUCAAGUCGGUCAUCACGCAGCACGACCGCCGCGAGGCCAUCCGCCAGACCUGGGGCCGGGAGCAGGGGGUGGCGGGCCCGGGCCGCGGCGCCGUGCGCACCCUCUUCCUGCUGGGCACGGCCUCCAAGCAGGAGGAGCGGGCCCACUACCAGCAGCUGCUGACCUACGAGGACCGCCUCUACGGCGACAUCCUGCAGUGGGACUUCCUCGACAGCUUCUUCAACCUGACCCUCAAGGAGAUCCACUUCCUCAAGUGGUUCGACAUCUACUGCCCCCAGGCGCACUUCAUCUUCAAGGGCGACGACGAUGUCUUCGUCAGCCCCACCAACCUGCUCGAGUUCCUGGCUGACCGGCAGCCCCAGGAGGACCUGCUGGUGGGCGACGUCCUGCAGCACGCCAGGCCGAUCCGCAAGAAGGACAACAAGUACUACAUCCCGGGCGCCCUGUACGGCAAGGCCAGCUACCCGCCGUACGCGGGCGGCGGGGGCUUCCUCAUGACGGGCCGCCUGGCCCGCCGCCUGCGCCACGCCUGCGACACCCUGGAGCUGUACCCCAUUGACGACGUCUUCCUGGGCAUGUGUCUGGAGGUGCUGGGCGUGCAGCCCACGGCCCACGAGGGCUUCAAGACGUUCGGCAUCUCCCGGAACCGCAACAGCCGCAUGAACAAGGAGCCCUGUUUUUUCCGCUCCAUGCUCGUGGUGCACAAGGUGCUGCCGGCCGAGCUGCUGGCCAUGUGGGGGCUGGUGCACGGCAACCUCACCUGCGCCCGCAGGCUCCAGGUGCUCUGAGCCCGGCCCGGGCGCCGCCGGGGCUCCUGAGCCCUGGGAGUCAUGGGGCUGGAGCCACAGAGCCAGGAUGCGGACCGCGGUCCCCCGCAGGGUGGUGGAGGGUGGGGGCCGCAUGUGCCCCCAGGUGGGAUGGGGUGCAGGUAGCCGGAAGGGGGGCCUCCCUGCACAGAGAUUCCCCAGAAAGUGGAGCGGAGGCCCAGGACCAUUUGGAACCUCCCAGACAGUUCAAGGAUCACCUUGGAAGUGAGGCCACCCACCACAGGUCACCCCCCGACCUGGGUUCCCAGCUCCAUUCUCUGUGACCUGGUGGAGGCCCUGGUGGCCUCCGUAGGAACCCUGUGCUCAGGUGCAUGCGGGUGAGGCCCGGCCUCAGAUGGGCCUGUGGCAGCCCUCCUGCCUUCACAGAGAAGGUUCUGGUUCUCCCAUGAAAUGCCUCAGUGUCCCCGCAAGCUGCCCCUUCAGGAGAAGCUCCGCCCUGUGCAGGCUCACAGGCCCCCCACCACCACCCGAUUCACAGUCCUGGCCCCCGGGUCUCCAGGAGAUGGAACCUCAGAAGGCCCUCAGCGCCACCCCUGCCCCCAGACUCACCAGGCAUUGCCGCUCGGUGUCUGCUCGCUCCCAGGUGGCCUCAGUCCUGGCCCGGUCCCUAUGACACUCCAUCCGCCCCUGUCUGGACGCGCGGCUGGCCGCUCUGACUACCUCAGCAAUCCUCGGAACCUCUGGACGGGCUGCAGCCCCCCACACACCCCCGGCACAGGGCCAGAGAGCAGUGCUCCGGCCACCAACCUCCCCUCCACGGUCACCGUGCUGCCCAGCAGCCAAGGGCCCCAUGCGGUCCCACCGAGGCCUGGCUCCCCGGCCGGAAACAAGCUGGUUUGGCCCUGGAGUUGGACAUUCCUCUAUUACUGUGAAGUUUUAUUUAUGAAGAAUUUGGAGGGAGAGAGUGCCAGGCCUCAGAAGAUGGUGGUGUUCCUCCUUCCCUCACUGCAGCAAGAUUCCACCUCCCUUGCCCAGUCGCCCCCCCCCCGAGCCCCCCC